CCAUUCUCGGCUCCAAAAAUCAGUCUUACAAAUUUGAGUCGGCUUUGCUUUUUUAGGAAGUGAAAUUUUUGUUGCAUACAAUUUUUCAUUUCACCAAUAAUAUAUUCUUGAUGCUCCGUCGAAAUAUUUUCACAUUACUCAUUAUUUGCUCUUGCUUUUUUUAGUUGAAUUUUAGUGACAGCAGUGACUGGAGCUGGAAUCUUUGAAUUUGUGUGAUUAAAAUCUCAGCUUACUCGUUUGAUUGAGGCCUUUGUUCGUGUUUUCUCUCUGUAAUCAGGUUUUUGAUUCUACGGGACUGGGAAUCGAGUUUGUUUCGUGGAAAAAGAGUGAUUCAGUUGAGGUUUGGACAAAAACAAAAGAAGUUUGGAGAAUGAGAUAUAUGAAUCCUGAAUACUUGGCCGAGGAUAUAGAAUUCUUAGACGAGAAUAUAAUAUCGGGUGCCUAUGUGCCACCAGGUUGUAAGGAUGAUGAAUUUGCACAGGUGACGAAGUUAAGGACCGUGCCACACAAGCAUGUGAGGCGGGUCUUGCCUGAAGAGACAACAUCACUAGUCUCGCCAGUGCAUAUGAUGUUGGGUAGAGAGUGCAACUAUAGUGGGAGAGGGAGAUUUUCUCUGUCGGAUUCUUGUCAUGUUUUGAGCCGUUUUUUGCCUGUCCGUCGUACUCCCUCUGUAGUCGAUAAGAUGAAGAGCCGCGCAUAUGUGUCCCAAUUUUCUGACGAUGGUUCUCUUUUCGUUGCUGGAUUUCAGAAAAGCCAUAUCAAAAUAUAUGAUGUUGAUCGUGGAUGGAAAGUUCAUAAAGACAUUCGUGCUUGGAGCUUGAAGAAUAUUACUGAUACUUGUCUGUCACCAGAUCGUCGUUUUCUCAUAUAUUCCAGCAUCUCUCCAAUUGUCCAUAUCGUAGAUGUUGGAUCUGCUACAAAAGAGUCUCAUGCAAACGUGACGGAGAUUCAUGAAGGUCUAGAACUUUCAUCCAACGAUGAUGAUUAUCACGACUACUCUCUUGGCAUCUUCUCGGUGAAGUUUUCUUCUGAUGGGCGAGAAAUUGUCGCUGCUAGCAGUGACGAUGCUAUAUAUGUUUAUGAUCUCGAAGCCAGAAAGCCAAGCCUCCGAAUUGAAGCUCAUCGGGCAGAUGUCAAUUCCGUGUGCUUUGCUGAUGAAAGUGGUAACAUCAUAUAUUCGGGCAGCGAUGAUAACUUGUGCAAAGUUUGGGACAGGCGUUGCCUUGCAACCGAAGGGAAAGCUGCUGGAGUCCUGAUGGGACAUAUAGAAGGCAUCACUUUCAUUGAUACCCGUGGAGAUGGUCGCUACUUCAUCUCAAAUGGAAAAGAUCAAUCUAUCAAACUUUGGGAUAUAAGGAAGAUGUCGUCUAAUUACGUGCCAAGAAGUCGAUAUCUGGAAUGGAAUUAUAGAUGGAUGGAAUUUCCAGAAAAGGCUAGAAAUAUGAGGCUUCGGGAUGAUCUGUCAAUAGCUACAUAUAAAGGACACACUGUCUUGCGCACGCUGAUACGCUGUUAUUUCUCGCCAGCAUACAGCACCGGGCAAAGGUAUAUAUAUACGGGAUCAACUGAUGGCUGUGUUUAUAUUUAUGAUGUGUUGAGUGGCAAUCAAGUUGCGAAACUUGAUUUCCAUGAGGAUCCUGUACGUGAUUGCAACUGGCACCCGUUCUACCCUAUGCUGGUGACCUCAUCCUGGGAUGGGACGAUUGCUCGUUGGGAGUUCCCUGAUAACAGGGAAAGCACGGCACCGGCUAGACCAGUCAGAAGAAGACGGUUUUAAUAGUAAUGGUGGCAAUCAAGAAUGUGCAUAUAUUCAGCUAUCACAGUGUUGUUGUAUGAUUCCUGUUUUCAACAUCUUUAUAAUUAGUUGCAGAUUACAGUCACUACAUGUUACAUAACAUUCACAUCCCUCUCCCUCAACAUUUUUGUGCAUAUAAAUUUUUGAUCCUGCA